AUGGGAGCUAUCCAGACUCAAAGCAACGUUGUCCUCGACCACCAUCGAUUCUGCCAACUCUAUGCCCAUAAUCUAGCUACCGUUCGCGCGCCUCCUCUACGAGCUCAAUUCUCCCUUUUGCAUACUAUCUGCCUUUCCAGGAACUCGAACCUGUCACUUAGCUCCUGCGCUCGAAACUCGGGGACACUGAUUUCUGUGCUUUCAUUCACAUUACGAACAUAUGACAUUCAGGCAGUACAAGUCCUGUCGGGCUCAUUCAACCUCGUUUUUUUGAUAACUUUCUGUCGUCCGGUUAGUCAAACGAUGUCGGUUUUUGUGUUUCGAAAACUUAUGGUCGCUCUUGAAUUGAGUCGAGUCAGAAACCCAUACUCGUGCAACACAUUUCUAUGCUUCAACCACUCUCAAGUGAUGCGGGAUCGAACGCAAUCGGAGAGACGCGGGUCUGGUGGCCACCUUUUGGCUUAUGUACGCGACCAUCUUGUCGCUGAGGUUUAA